CAGCAACAGUCCCCAAAAAAGGCGCACAAUGGUGUGGUGGUGAGUUACAGAAGAAUGGGAAGCCUUAUCCAAUUUGCUUUCCACGGCCAGUGGGGGAAUCUAGGCAAACUAAAAAAAAUCAGUGCAAGAUACAUAGUAUCAUCAUCCACAUAUAGACAGUUUUCUGUUCUACCAAAAAACAAAAAAGACAGUUUUCUGUGUGUUAUUUGUAUAAAGGUUGUAUCCAUGCGACUUUCACUGGCCCCAUCCCAUGCAACAGAUUCCAAAACUGGCGAAGGAAGGGAAGGAAGCAAGGUCAUUAUCAUCUCAUCGAUCUUACAGCUCAAACGGAACCUUGCUUUUUCUUGGCCAAGAACUUUCUACUUGUCACAUUCUGGGUCCCCUCCCCUGCCAUCUCGGUUCCUUCUCAUCCUCCAUUGUUCGAUUUGAGUUGUGCUGGGAUGUUGCGCAGAUAGAUGAAUAUGUUUUACCUCUUCGGAUAUACUAUACGACCAGGUUUGUUAGUUGGGACCUGGUGAUGAUAAUGCCUUAGCAUGUUGACUCUCCAUUUCCAGAAGCAUCAACGACUUCUGUCUUUGGUAUCUGUUCCUUUUUGCUGCCAUUGCUGCAAAACAAUAGCACAAAAUUUCAGGAGCAGGGAGUGAGUUGCCGUAUUUCAUAUUCUGUGCCUGAACAAAAAUUCAGCAAAGAAGCCUCUUUCUUAACAUGUUUGAAUGUAUCUACUCUGCUUCAAUCUCUAGGGCUGUACCUAACAGGCAAGACCUUUCUGUGAUUACAGUUCUUAAUAUGAUUUGGAAAGCAAAAUUUGGGACAUAUUCAGGCUCGUAAUUCUGACUAUUUGUAUUAUCUGCUGGUUUUGGUCGGGAAUACUAGGAUAUAUAUCCAAUAGAGCAACAAGGACAUUAGUUAUGCAUGGUCAGAUAUGCAUGCAAAGACAAAUAACAAGUCAUCUGCCUUUAUAAAGAUGAAUUGAGCUUAGACGAUCAACGUGUUAAAAAACUCCAUGCUACAACGAAUCUUGCCACACUAAAUCUCAAAAUCAAGGUUUGGUCAGUUGCCAUUAGUUGGUUAUUGGGGGCCUCCCGAAAACAUCCGGGCCGGAACAUGGCUUUCAAAUUACCGAGAAAAGCUAUUAGAAAGAAAGAAUUCGAUUGCACAGGAAUCGUUGAAAGAAAAGGGUAGCAGAUGACAGCCUUCGACCUGGAAUGGUUAAUGUCUAUUCAACAUGACUACAGCAGGAAAAGUUCUACCACAAUAAACCAGCAAUAAUGAAUUCACGGCUAUUCAACGUCUGUAGAGGAUUUCUAUGGCAAGCAACCAACAUUGAUAAAGUUCCUGGAUUAACACAGACAGAGAAAUCUAUGCCACCUUUUGGAGACUAUAAAAGCUUAUUCGCUUUAACAAUCAUCUUCAAGCCGGAUUUACCCACUACUUAGACUCUGAAGUUUUCAUAAGAGUGGCCACUAACCUACUUACUCUCCACAAUGCUUCCAAGUAGCUUAUCUCUCACUGUCAACUUAUGGUAGUCAAUAACAGAUCUUGGUAUCUUCUUAAUAUAAUAACUACCUAUUGAUAUCUGAAGCUUCAGAUGUAGCAAAAUGAAAACACCACAAACACAAAAAAUUCAAGAGGUCCUAUAGUUUAACCCGAUGAUAGUCACUAAACUAGCUAUAACAUGGAAAUUUGAGCUUUGAAAUGUUCCAGAUAUCAUAUAUGCAAAUUAAAGAAACAAACUUGGAAUUUUUUAAAAUACUUACACAUUAGGUCAUGAGGUGGAGCAAAGUCAUAAUCAUGUCUAGUCCUUCUGAUCCAGCAUAUGUAGAUCACGAAAAGAAUCCCAAGGAAUACCACAACACAAGCUAUAGCGAUACCGAUUUUGCCACCCUUGGAUAAAUGACCAUUUUCCCACACUAAGGAGCAGUCUGGUAAUGAGGGUACACCACACAAGGCUUUGUUACCUGAAAGGCUGCAAAACCAAGGUCCUCUUUCAUUCAGUAAUGAAAUGAAACAUUUUAAAUGGAACCUUUUAAGUAUCUUAAAGGUAACGAGGGUGAUACCAACAAAAAAAAUAACCUUACAAUGGAACCACGUAAUAUAUGUAUAAGGAAUAAGCUACACUAUCCAAUGGCCCAGCUGUACUACUGAUGACCCAAGUCCCAACUUGUAAAAGAUUAUGAGCAAUUAUGGGCUCUGGGAGCACCAUAGCCAAGUAGCUUUAAUGGUAAUCAUGGCAGUGAUUUUACCAUCAGCCUAGACCCUGCAUUGCUCCAUAUGAAGUCACCUCACCUCUUAGACAAUAGAUGAGAAAAAAGGACUCGAAAGUCCAUAGUUUUUUGGACAGAAACACACCGGGUAAAUAUACCACAAUAGAAUUAUGGUCUCAGUUUUUUUGACAAAUCAAUUAUGGUCUCAGUUAAUGAACACGAAAAUGCUACAAAUGGCACUUCCUUGCCUAACUGGGUCUGAUUUAGAGCUUUCCAUUGCAAAAGGAAAGUGAAUGUUUCUGACAAACCCGUAUGAAGAAUAUGGUAGAUGUAUAUACAACGGACUUCUGUAUCAACAGAGGCUAGUCAGCAAUGGACUCAAAUUUUAUAGUUGGCUAGCCUCCUGAGAUAAAUUACAUGGCUAGAAUUUAAAGGGACACUAAGACUGACAGGAAAAUAUUGCAUGGUGACCUUGUGAUCUUUCUCUUUUACAAUAAACUUUGCAGGAUGGUGCCAUAAUGUCAAAGACGGUUGAGAAAAAGAACUAACUUCAAUACAUCACAUAAUAUUACGCGACGCUUAUGAUUUGAUAGUUUCAGAAAAUAUUUCAGAAUAUUACAUAUUGUGAAACAUUGCAGAAAGAACUUACUUGAUGGAUCCACCAUGCAUACCAAUAGAAUAAAGUUCUUCUGGGACUCGCCCUUCUAAUAGGUUAUCAUUCAAUAACCUGGAAAAAGAGUUACGAGGUCAAUCCAAUAGCCAAAGGAGUAUGACAAAGUUCCAGCAAUUAAAGGUAAUCUACUGAUGACUUAACAAAGGGUAACAGAAACAGUAAAAAUCUGGCUGAGCC